AUGCGCCGCAUCGUUGUCGAUGACACCUCCGCCCUGAUACAGUAUAGCAACGGCGGGUGGUCCGCCGCAGACGUCGGUGCGCUAAACCGGCUGGGCAACUUCGGGCCCGUCUACCGUGGGACAACACACCAGACGAGCACGGACGGCGCACAGCUGCGCUUCCCCUUCACAGGGACGUCCGUCGCGGCGUUCGGGACGAUUUCCGUCAGCAAGCUGCCCGACGGGACAUACGACCCGCGGUGGGAGUGCGUCGUCGAUGGCAAGAGCGUCACAAUGGGCGACGCGACAUUCGCCUAUGCAGAGAACAACUGGCCGCUGUGUCAUGCGGACAGCCUCCCCGCGGGCCAGCACGAGCUCACGAUCACGGUCCACAGCAAGGGCCGCCCGUUUUAUGUGGACAACAUAUACUACGAGCCGCUGCAAGACGGGAGCAGCGUGGACGGCGCGGUGGUGGAGUACACGAGCAAGGAUCCGAGUGUGGGUUAUGGCUCCGGAUGGCAGGGCUGGGGAACGCAGACGGUGACCACAACCGCGGGGUCGCAGGUCACGCUCGACUUUCACGGCACGGAAGUGUCCUUAUUUGGCUACGUCCCGCAAGAACUGGCACACGACGCCACCACCGCGGCGUACACCAUCGAUGGCGGGCCCGCGACCUCGUUCGGGCUCGCCGGCCUUGCAGCGGGCAGUACCACCACUGUCUACAACGUGGCGAUCCUCUCCGUCACCGGCCUCUCCCCUGCGAACCACAAACUCGUCGUCACAUACAACGGCGACCGCAGUCACACCCCCGCUUCCCGUCGGCUCAUUCUUUGUCACCAACUCUGCAGCACCACCCCAUCGGCUCCCAGCGGCAGCACUCUGCCACCCGCCCCGUCUAUUCCCCGGGCCGGUAUCAUCGGGCCUUCCUCCCAAAACUUCGUCUUUAGCGCUACCGCCGAUGCCGCGCGCUCGAGCGGCUCCCCCGCCGUCUUCGCCGCGGCCAAGUCCUCGCCGCUGGCCGCGAUACUCGGCGGUGUAAUCGGCGCCCUCUUCCUCCUCGCGCUAGCUGUCUUCUUGCUUUUCUUCUGCCGCCGUCGCCGUCGCCGAAUGGCCAGCGAGGCACACGGAAGCCGGCCAGACGCGUUCAUACGCCCCGACCCGUUCAUGCACCAGCGCGAGACCGCCACGCUCGUGGGCAGCGCACCGGGGAAUAAGGGCCUCCAGCCGCUGCGGCGCUUUGGCGAUGUGAGCCCGUCGCAGACCCCCAUCAGCUCGGACUUCAACACCAGGAGUGAGACACCGUCCACGCCCGAAGCCGACGAUCCUUUUAACCCCCCUGCGGCUACUAGUACCACACCGGCACCGGCUGCACAUCGCCAGAUGCGUGUACACCAGUCACCGCCGUCCUCAAAAGCGCACUCCGGCUACACCAGCAACACCACUUACAGCCAAAACUAUACCCAGCCUCGGGCCCAGCGCAAGCUCCCCCCCGCACCACCGCCCGCCGUCCAGCAGCACCUCGACAGCGGUGUGCGCUACCCAUAUGACGCGGCGUCGGUCCUGGACGUUCCGCCGGGGUACAGCCCGCACUAG